UUCGUGGGUGCCAGACGUCGAGGGGAGGUGUCCCGCGUUUGCUGUUCUGUUCUGUUCACUGGGAGCCAGACCAACAUUUCGUUCAAUGCCCAUGAGUAACGAAACAGUCGCUGUAAGUGUGACUUUCUGUGACGGAUGCCUUGACUCGAUCGCCUAUGAAUUGAGUUGAAUCUAUUUUCUCGAUUUUAUCCGAAUUGGCUUUACUCAGUGUUUGUGUGGAAUAAAUUAUUGAAUUCGUUCUCCAAAAUUGGCCAACCAUUUCUGUUCCAAAAAGUGCUUUUUGAGACUCCCGCCCACCGUGUGUGACGAUCUGGUUAUUAAUAAUGAAUAAAUUGUGAAGAACUCGCCAUUAGCAAAGUUCAUUUCGAUGUCGGGGAAUAUUAAGAACAUUAUCAUUAAUAUUACCACCUAACGAAGCCGCACGAUCAUACAGAUCGUCACUUUGGAAAGAGUGUGACGUCAGGAGGCAAGCAAGAGAAAAUACGAGGAAUCUGUAUCAGCUUCCGAUAAAGAAAGAAAAAGGAAAAACGAAUGUGAUCCAAAAAGAGAGGUUGAAAAAAAAAGGAAAAUUGAUGUGUGUUCCAAAACCGAAAGUGUCCUUUUGUAAGUUUUAAUUCGAAACUUUAAUGAUUGAACUUGUUUGUACCCCUUUCUCUUUUAAUUUUCUUUCUCUCUCUCUUUCCUAUUUUGAAAUCGUAUCAUCACGGGAUAAAUAGCUCGUGGAAACAGAAUAAUUAAAAAGUGAUUUUAACAGAACGAAUGAAUCUGUGAUUUUUUAUGAAGUGAAACGUAUCAUAGAAAAGAAAAAGAAAAAGAAAAAGAAAACUAUCACUUUCAUUUUCUUUAAUUCUCUCUCCCUCUAUGACAAAAUGGUUCAUUUACCCGUGAGAACAAAUCCACCUCGAGAAACCUUACUAAGAUAUCCACGAAAGUGUUAUGUCACGCAUUCUAGUCACAGUGAGGGAGAUAACCUGGAGAUAAAACUGAAUUAAGAGAUACAAAAAAAAAAGAACCUUUAAGACACAGGGGCAUCGUCUUAGCGAGGGUGACGUUGUACUUAGACACUGUCGGGGGAUCAUGGGCGUGUUAUCUACCACAUUGACCACGCCCUUUGGAGAUAUAGUGUCUUCUAAUUCGACGUGGACGGAGGUGGAGGAAUGCUCCACCCUUCUCUCCAACCUCAGCUACGGCCACACUGCCUCCCCGAGCAUCGAACAGGUGAAGUAUGUGGCGUACGGGAUCGCCAUGCCCGUGCUGGUUGCCCUGGGCGUCCUCGGCGACAUCCUCAACCUGGUGGUGCUCACGCGGCCCAACAUGACGGGGGUAGCCUACGUCUAUAUGAGAGGAUACGCCGCCGCGUCGCUGUUCGCUCUCCUCUGCGCCAUCCCGUUCACCCACCGCAUCCUCACCCACGAGACGGGCAGGUGGGCGUCCUACUACGUCGCCGCCUUCCACGCCCACGUCGUGCUCUACUUCGGGAAUUCGUGCAUCGGAAUCGGCGUGGUGAUGCUGUUGGCGCUGACGGUGGAGCGAUUCAUCUCCGUGUGUUAUCCUGCCCAAGCGAGGAACCUGUGCGGAGCUAAAAGGGCCUAUGUCACGGUGGCUGUCAUACCCCUGGCAGGAUUCUUACUCUACUGUCCUUACAUCUUCAUUGCUAAUGUUGCGACCUGUGUUGAUGAUCGAGGAGAACUGAUCCACAGGAAGGAGAGAAACGAAUGGCUGGUGGAUUCCAUCUGGUUCCAGGUUUACAAGUGGAUUCUGGAACUCGUCUUCAAACUCCUGCCGGCGCUGGUCCUGGUGUACUUGAACGUGAGAAUCAUCCGCACUUACAAGGCCGUGUGCGAGAAGAGAAGGAAAAUGACGAAGAAGGUGAGCGGGGAGCAGCGACGCCAGUACGCGGAAGAAUCUAGGCUCAUGUACCUUCUCGGGGGAACUUCCACCCUCUUCUUCGUGUGCAUGACGCCCAUGAUCGUCCUCUCCGUCACCAUACACCGCCCGUGGAAAAACUCACUCGCUUUUGAGAUUUUCCGCGCGAUCGCCAACGUGCUGGAGGUGACCAACUUCGCCGUCACCUUCUACAUCUACUGCACGUUCUCGAAGGAUUUUCGGGAGACGUUCCUCCGGACGCUGCGUUCGGCGAAGGAGAACUCCAUGGGGGCGUCCUUCCUGGGGUCCGUGUCCGGCUUGAAAGAGGCCAUCAGACCCCCAUAGGGACGCGCCCACGCUAGGACCACGCAGACGCCCGUGCCCGUGGCUGUAUGACACCACAGCACGCAGCAGGGGCGGGACGAGGAGUCACUGAAGACCAGGGGCUACGAGAGCGAGAAGGAAGCCGCGUCUCACGAGAGAAAAUGCGUCAUUUCGACCGUCUUCUAAACGGAGGACAGGACCGGCGCCGUCGAAGAUGAGGUCCCCCUCGUCUGGACCGCAGCCGGCCCUCUCAAGACUUCCAAUCGGUAGUUGAGCCCUGCGUCUACAGCGAGUGCGUCCCGCGACCUGCUGUGCUGGUUUCUGCGUGAUCCUAGCGUGAUGUAAAGACGAAAACUGUUUUUUAUAUAAAGUAAUCUAUUGUUUAACAAAUUUGCAGUAUAAAAUGUUUAUAGUUUUUUUUCUUUUAUAUUGUCGACUUUAUUGCUCGAGAAGGGACUAUCCUCGGGUUGUUUUAUGAGUAUUCUUUGUAGUUCCUAGUGAUUUUCCAAAACUGAAAAAAAUAUGAUUGAUGAAGGAUAAUCUAUUUUUACCUGGUGCUUACUUUUUUGCAUAUGUGAAAAAAAAACUUUUCGCUGGAGGUCUACUGCUUCCAGAAAAAUAGAUUUCUUUACCCAGACGAACGAGGUCCCUUUGAAAAAAAAAUGACACGUAAACCUUGGCCUGAAGGAACUUUGUUACGUGACAUCCACAGCAACGGGCUCUGGCAAAAGAAAAUAACACAGUGUCGCUAAAAAAAAGAAGAAGAAGAAAAAAAACACACACAAGAAAGAAGAAACAAAAGAAACAUAUUAAAAAAACACGACCUCCUCAGAUUGAAAUUCAACCUCCUUCUUGACUCUCCCUUUGUCGCCUGGUGCUUCCGCAACUGUGCCCAACACAGGCCUUCGUCAGUGUGCAUGUGGAUAGUUCUUCGACACUAGGUUCCUUGGCAUUAGUCGUGCCGGUGCAAGAGAUGCAAGGUGCUGUCAGCUGGUGGCAGGUAUGGGAGUCUUGAGUCUUGAGGAUGAUGUGUCAUGAGCAUGCUGUCAUGAAAGUGGAUAAGUAUGCUGGGUAAACAUGUUUACAUAUUUCUAUCAUUUGUUUUUCCUGAUAGAAGCGAAGACGAGAGCCUAGAUUUGUACAUUUUUGCCUCGAGAGUCCUUUUUCUUUCUCCUCGUGAUGAGGAGAUAUGCUCUCAUAAAAAGGUUUUCUGUCAAUGAGUCAACAAGCAAGAAUACAUGGGUCUAGAUCUUUCAUCGUCUGUGAAAAAGAAUGAGUACUUGAGAUUUGAUGAAUGGAACUUGUUUUCACUUAAAAAAAAUGAUUUCAUUUUAUAGAAACGACAUACUUUACGUAUUGAAUACAGCCUCGUGAGUUUUCAGUGUGCUAAAAAAAAUGUGUACAUAUUGUAUGCUUCAACUCGCAUGAAUACAUGCGUCCUGGCCUCUUGUUGGAAUGGACUGCCACGUAACCACCUUCUUUCCUAUGCAAUUCAAGUAAUCCUAUUGGAAUGUCCCAAAAAUCAACUAGUGAAGCAUGAGAAACGAACUCUAAAUUAAACAUGGUACCACAACAAGUACGCAGAAACAUUUUGUCCUUCCAUGAUAAACUGAUAUUAUGAGGCUGAACUAAUGUGGUCAGUGUAUCAAUACUGUGGUUGAUAUAUUAUCAUGAUUAAUAAACAAUGAAGAUUGUAAAGUACUCUAUAUGACACGCAAAUGUUACUCGUUACUGGAUAUCAUUCUUUGAUCAUUAUAGAAAUAGAAAUACAUGUAUCUGACACGCUUCAUAACAACAACAGGUCAGGAGAGAAUAAAAUAAAAGUUCUGAAAGGGAAUUAGAGCCAGUUAACGAUUCGAAUGAGGUCGUGGCAUCGUGACUGGGAGAUGAGUGUCGAUGAAACAGGAGUCAAAUGAGAUUUUUUUUUUGAAAUGAGUAUUCCAGGAAACAGGUUACCGUGGUAAUUGCUGAACAUCUCAUGAUGAGUGGUUAGACGAAUGAGCGCCGCUGAGCCGACCUCAAAAAGUGGCCGCUGUGCAAGUGUACCGCCGUACCUUGAAUCUGUUUUUGUGCAAAUGCUGCAUUACAUCACUGGAUCGCGUAUGCUAUGUUCAGCGAGAAGUGAAUGUGGCCGUACGUUUGGAGGUGUUCAGUCGUGGCCUGACUUUAAGUGGCUAUAUUGUUGUGAGAAGUUUGUGAAGCCGCGGAUCUGGCUGGUCUCGCGCGCUGGUCUUUUUUGGAGAGUUCACUUAAGUGGCUCUGAAGAGUUUAACUUUUUUGGUCAGGGAGCUUCAUGCCAUGCUGUGGCGGCUCCGUUGGUAGUCUGUAAUCAAAAGUUCACACGGAAAUUGGUCUCCAAUUGGCGUGUGUGAAAUUGGCUUUCGUAACGUAAAUUGCUGCAUAAUUUCUAAUCAGUAAAAAUAAGGUUUUCGACUGGGAGACAUCGGUGUGGAUUUCCUAAACUUCCUUUUGGCCGGAGUGCGCCCACGCUCCCCCUAAAUCUAAUCAAACUGAAAUAACUAUCAAAUUCUCUCGCGUCUCUUUACACUGACAGUGAAAUCUGUUCCUCACAUCGACGUUCCUAGUUAUAGCAAGUCAGGUUUGUUGUCUAAUUCAACCUAGCUUGCUUAGUGAUGACCAAUGUUAACGCGCACAAAAUCUACAUGGUAAGACUUUCAACUUUCUUAACUCUUAAUUGGCGUUAGAAUUAAAAAUCGUCCAAUGUUGCUGCAUUUCUAGUGUUUCCAUAGCUCAACUUAGUUUUUUUUUUGAAAUAGAGAAUUAAUCUUAAAGACAGUUUAUGGAUGUAAGCGCUUCAGUAUGACCACUUAAGGGCAACUUGAAUUCCCGUGUACGAGAUUUGAUCGAAUGUUAAUGAGCGUCGAGAUUUUAUGCCUGCUACUGCUGACUUCCGUAUGACACCCAGUGAGUGAAACGUGGGUUUUGUUUCCGUAGAUUUUUUUUA